AUGCGCCUGGGGUGGUACGCAGGGGUCUCCACGGUCCUUGCUGGUGCUGUUGUCAUAUCAGCCUUUCAGCAGCGUGCCAACUUCUACUCGGCCAUGGUGUAUCUUGCCCAAAGCAACUUCUGUCUUCUGGUAAUUCCCAGCCUUGCACCCACUGCAGCGACGCACGAUCCCCACGCAAACGCUAACCAAUGCUUGACAAAGGUGCUGGUGAACUUCAGCCUCUUACUGUAUAGCAGCUUUGUGUAUGCUCUCACGAGACUUUGUUACGGCACUCUCCGAGCCGUCGAAGUCGAACAACUCACCGAGAGAGCUUGGUUUGCCAUCACCGAAACAUGCCUGGCAAUGACAAUAUUUCGUGAGGAGAUCGGCGCCUGGUUUCUGGUCAUGUUCACUUCUUUGGUUACCGGAAAGGUAUGGGGUUGGAUCGGCGACGGCAGGGUGGAAUUUCUAGAACAACAGCCACCAGCAAAUCCCCGACUAUUCCACGCCAGACUAAGCAUUUCACUCGCCAUGAGCUUCAUAUACGACAUCUGGAUCCUCAAAUACACGGUUGACACUGUGAUUCAGCAGGCAAGACCGAAUAUGAUGGUCAUGUUUUUGUUCGAGUUCGCUGUGUUGGCUACGAGCUCCUGGCGAACCGCGGUUCGUUAUAUCCUGUCAAUCGCAGAACAAAAGAUUGUCAAAGCACAAACAAGAAAGCGUCUCCUUGAGCGGAGGCAAGAGAUUCGACAACAGCGAGAGGCUUUGAUUCGUGAUCGAGAGCAGGCUGCUGCAACCGGACAAGAGCCACCCCAAGACCAAGAGCCUCUUCCCCGCGAGGACGACAUAGAUGAGAUUGAUAUUGAGGUUCCCGGCUGGGCGACCAAAGGCGAGUGGGUGCUCUGGCUUGAUUUGAUCACUGACAUGAUCAAACUCGGAAUAUACAUUGCCUUCUUCUUCAUGUUGCUGAGAUUUUAUGGGUUGCCUAUCCACAUCAUGAGAGAUCUCUUCAUAACAUCGAGAGAUUUUAUUAAGCGACUCAACGCACUUUUACGAUACCGCCGCGCAGUUCAAGAAAUGAACCGAUACGCUGAUGCCACGCCGGAGGAACUCUCACAGGAGAAUACUUGUAUCAUAUGUCGCGAGGAGAUGCGACCUUGGGAUCCUGUCAAUCAGCCUGGGGCCGUUGACCGUGUCCGUCCGAAAAAGUUGCCAUGUGGCCAUGUCCUACAUCUCGGAUGCCUCAAGAGCUGGCUUGAGCGCCAGCAGGUCUGCCCGACGUGUAGGAGCCCUGUUACAAUGAAUCGUGGCCGAGGGGGCCAUAAUAGAGCAGCUGGUCUGCGGAUCGAGAUUGGUGCUGCUCCCCAAGUACUGGCGGGACAAGCACCGGCUGACGGCGGAAACAAUGCGCCACCUGGUCAGCAAGGGCUCAACGACAACCAAGCUCCUCGCCGCAGGGAGGGUGGCCCAAGAGUCUUCAACUUCGGACCAUUUCGACUUGGCUUUGGAGCAAAUGGCCAGGGGGCCCGUGAACUUGCUCAACAAUUUGGCAUCCCCCAGGCCCAAGGUAAUCGUGUUGACCAUGGGCUUCCUACACAAACUGCAACCCAAACCCAACAACAACCGUCUGGAGACAGUAUGCAGCAAAUUGGGAACCUGCUGGGCCAAACCGAGCAAAUUAUCCAGAGGGAACUGCAAAAUCUGCAGAUGGCCCAGCAAGAGCUACAAGUGGCCCAGCUUCUCAUGGCUGAACUUCAGCGACUUCGCCAGCGGCGACAGCAACAGCCCCAGGAGCAGUCAUUAAGGGGACGUGGGGGAGGCACGCCAGUCACCGCGCCCAUGGCUUACAAUCAGAACAUUCAUUUUGCAGCACAAGGCAACCACGCCCAAGUUCCUCUGGGCAACGCAGUUCCUACCAUCCCUCCUCGGACGGGUAGCCCGUUCAUGGCCCGGCAUGUAGUUCCAGCGAACGGUGUGACGAUAACCGCAGGGAGUCCUGAUCUGCCAGAGGGCGUUACGUUACCCCCGGGCUGGUCAUUCAUACCGCUCCAGAGACUGGACGGAACACAACCUUUGACUCACCAGCAACCCCAUAACACAGCAACGUCCCUCAAUGCCGAAGCUUCAAACCCUGGUCAAUCAACCAGCCGCCCUGCUCCAACACCGUCUGCCGGUGGCGGUGAGGCUGCCGGCGAUGAACCUCCGUCCAUGGACCCCGGCAUGACGGCCCCUACGACGUCGACACCGGGGGAUAACCUUGGAGAUGGCGUUGGUGCUAGUUCUGAAGCAGUAAGGUCGACACCGGUGGUGUCGCCAAGCCCUGUCAUACCGCACUGGGGCGGUCCGGCACAAUUGUUCAGUAACAGAUCGCGUUCUGACGCUGUAGAUAAUGCUGCUCCAACAAGCAGUCUUGCUGGUGAUGCGGAAGCGCCGAGGAACGAGGGUCACGAUGCGCCCCAAAAAAAUGCAGCACAGAAGGAGUCAGCCGGAGACGAGUUGCAUCAUGGCGGGGGUAUGGAGUCUGGGGCCGAACCUGUUGUACACUCGGUCGAUAAAGGCAAGGCCAAAGCCGUCACGGUGGAGGAAGCUGGCGAAGGCGAAGAAGAUUGA